AUGGCCCUGCAGGUCAUUCCAAAGAGCCGUUCACAUGGAGGCGAAGCAACUUUGGGAGCCUCGGCAGCAUCUGAGCGCCACUCGGCAAGCUAUAAGGGAGUUUUUUGUUUUUGCAACUUUGCUGAGGAUGCCGGGGCCUACACCAGCGCGAGCAAAGGCAGUCCAUCCACACCAGGUGGCACUGAGAUCCAGUUUAACGCGAGAGAUGAUAAGGUCAUUUGCCUCAGCAGUGCCGUCAUGGAUGCGCUCGGCAAGAAAGCGCAAGCCUUGAAGGUGUUAGACACGCAGCUCGGGGACUUCGGCUGGGGUGAGCAGCUGGGCUUGACCCUAACCAAGCGCACGCCGGGCAUGCUCUCGUGCUACGACGGCAAGACCGUUCCCGACGCUCAGUAUGGCUUCCAUGUCGACAACCCUUACCUGACAAACAUGGGCGUCCCAGAUGACGGCAGGUUAACGCUUGUCUACUACAUUGCCGACGGGCCGUGGGAUGUCGAACAGGCGGCGGCUGAUCUUCCUGAGAAGUUUCGAGGCAGAGAGGAUCUGGUUCUGAUUUGCAGGUGUGCCUCUCGGAUCCCAGAAGGGCUCCUAGCUCCACUGCCGAGGCUGAAAGCCUUGACUCACGACCUCUUCACAGUUGCCCCAGAGGGGGACACACUGGUGCGCCCUGUCGUCUUCUUCUCGCACACCAUGUUCCUCACCUUCACUUGCAGCUACACUCUGCUAACAAUCAGACAGUUGGCAGACAUUCCAAAGAUUGGCCGGGACCUGUCUUUACAUGUGUCUAUCCUCAAGUACGAGGUGGUCGAAAGCGGCCAAGAGGCGCAAGGCAUAGCCAAGGGCCUCGAAGUGCUGAAGGCACGAGUGUCCUUGGCCAAGACUGGACAGCAUGUCGAAUACAUCUUGCAGGUUAGCAUGAACAGCUCUUCGCCCUGGACGCUGCGGCGGCGCUUCAACGACGUGGCGAUCAUGCACGAAGCCUUGAGGAGGCGGGUGCCUUCCCUGCCGGAGCUCCCUUCCAAGUCUGUCAGAGGCUGA